CCCGGCCGGCGGCACCACAAAACACUCGACGCCCUUCACUAGGCCGCCCGGCCCCGCCAUCUCCUUCCGCGCCGUCCGCGGGAUGUGGGAGGGCCGGGCGCGGUGGUGGGCGGAGGGAUCGCGCGGGAGGGCGCGGAGCAGUAGCGGCAUGGCGGUGUCCGGUUAUCAGCGGCGGGCGGUGGUGGAGCUGUGGGGGGUGUUGCUGCCCCCGCGGCGGGUGGCGGAGUCGGAGGAGGAAACCGAGGAGGAGGCCGAGGAGGAGCCGUAUUUGGCGGAGGCAGCGCUCCUCGAGGCUUCCGGCCCGGAGCUGGCGGCCGCGCUGCCCCCGCGCCGAGCCGUUGUUAUACAAGAAGACAACUCCAAAAAGGAGUAUGAAGUAGUUGGACGUUUUCCAUUAGUUGACCCUUGGUGGAGAGUUAAUGUUAAAGCUAAAAAAAUGGGGUCGAAGUACUUUGUGCAAGGAUAUCCAUCGUAUUUUCUGCGGACUGAUAUAGAAGAAAACAACCGACAAGUCUUUUCACUCUUUCUUAAGGCAUGUGCCGUUCCUGAGGAUUUUAAAGAAAAGUUUUUUGCUUGGCUUCCUACGGAGUCUGUGCUGAGUUUUAGAAAUCUUGAAGAAAAACUAAACCAGUUCCAAGUUUCACACUUACAGACAGGGAAGAAACAAAGAGACACCAAGGAUUAUGAUAUCUUCUACUAUGUUUUGAAAUCAUUUGCAGGAAAGGCAGUAUUGGUAGCUCUGACUUUUCCGACGAUACUGGAAUUCUUGCCAAUUCUUCUGCCAUGCCAUUUUUGCUGUCUGUUGGAUAUGCUGUGUUGGCAAAGAAAGACUGAAGAAAACAGUGGUAUGGAUGGUGACGAGAUGCAUUUUCAAAGCAAGAUGCUAACAAAGUUGGAUGAGAUAUUGAAGAAUGAGCCAUGGAAACUUGGAUUCAGCAGGAUUAUGUAUAGGGAACUGAACCUUUCUUACUGCGAGGCAACGUGGGCCGCCUUCUGUCAGUGUGAACAUCUCCUCUGGAAGAUUCCUGACUUGCAGAAGAAUGCAUUAAUUCUGUAUAAUCAACUCAAGAAACAGUGUAGAGAAAUGGGACACACUUAUGAAGAUCAAGAUGAAUUAGCUCGUUUUGUAUCUAAAGAUAUGCCCAUUGAACAUGCUUGGCAAUCUCUUGAAUUUUUGAAAGAUCAGCAAGUAGUGAUUAGGGAGAAAAAACUAGUGUUUCUGCCUCACCUUUACAAAUCCGAGAAAGACAUUGCAAUGUAUAUAGGUAACCUUCUGUCGAACCGCUCGUGGCAACUGAACGUUGAUGUGAGAAAAGUACUUAACGUUUCUGAGACAUCAGGAGAAAUGGUAGAUAACAAAAUGAAUGUUACCCAGGCUCGUGAAAUAGAACAUCUGAAGGAAAAUAGUCUGGACAGUCAUAACUCUGAAAAUCACUUUCCUGAAAAGGAAGUGAGGUCUACAUCUGGUACCCAAAGUAAAGCAGAGGUAGACUUAGAUCAGAUGAUUGCUAUGCAAAAGAUUUGUUCUAAUCCUGUCACAGUCAUAAGUGGAAAAGGAGGCUGUGGGAAGAGCACAAUAGUUAGCUGCCUUUUUCGUCACUUAAAGCAAAUGGAAAGAGAAGUGGAAGCUGCUUCUAAGGACUUUGAAGAAGACCUGGAUGCAUCUGAGGAAUGGAAUACCUUCGAUCAUCGUUGGGAGUCAGAGAAUAUGUACACAAAAAAAAUUUUGAAUGUACUGUUUACUGCACCUACAGGGAGGGCGGCAAGCCUUUUGAGUGAAAAAACUAAGCUUCCUGCAUAUACACUGCAUCAGAUCAUCUAUAGUUUUAAAUCGUGGAGGCAGAGUGAACAAGCACAGCCAUGGAAGUUUUCUACUGUGACAAUUCUGAUUGUGGAUGAAGGAAGUUUGGUGUCUGUACACAUUCUUGGUUUAGUUUUAAAACUCUUGUGUGACCAUGCUCAGCUUGCCAAACUUAUUAUUCUAGGUGAUACUAGACAGCUACCAAGCAUAGACCCAGGAAACAUGUUAGUGGAUGUCUUUGAGGGUCUAAAAUCAAGAGGCUUUUCUGUGGAACUGCGAACUAAUCACAGAGCAGAAUCGCAACUAAUUGUAGAUAAUGCGUCAAGAAUCUCUCAGCGGAAGCUUCCUGAAUUUGAUGAGGUGCUGAAAGUUUCUGCUUGGAAUGAGGAAAUGACAAUGCCAAACCCAGAGAAGAAAUUCAUUCUUAUUGCUUUGCCUGCUGGCGGGAGUUGUGACAAUUUGCAAACUGCCAUAAAGACUUUACUUAAAAAAGGACCAGGAUUGCAAGAUGCCAAACAAUCACAGUUCAUUGCUUUCAGAAGGCAAGAUUGCGAUCUAAUAAAUGAACUUUGUUGCCAACACUAUUCAGAUCACUUAACCAGAGACCAUAAAAACCGACUUGUAUUUCAAAUUGAUGACAAGAUUUCCUGCAUGCGGAAUACGUAUCUCAAGGACCUGUUGCCGGACUCUGGUUUCGGACAGGAUCCUAAUCGCCAUGAAUGCAAAAGUGGAGAAACGACCCUCGCUGUAGAGCCUGCUGAGGAGGGCAAACGACUGUGCAAUGGAGAUAUAUUUUUCAUAACAGGAGAUGUAGAAAUUGAUAAACAGCGCUUAUUGACCAUCAGCAGCACGUACGGCUCCACAUACACUGUGAAGUACAAGGCACUGAAGAAGCUAUGUCAUAUAAAACAUGCAUGGGCCAGAACUAUUCACACAUUUCAGGGUUCUGAGGAAAAAACGGUUGUCUACGUGGUUGGCAAUGCUGGUCGUCAGCACUGGCAGCAUGUAUACACGGCCGUGACCAGAGGACGCUGCCGUGUCUAUGUUAUAGCUGAAGAGACGCAGCUCAGGCGAGCAGUCACUAACAAGAACAUGCACAGAAAAACUCGCUUACAGAGGUUUUUGAGAGAGGCGAUGCCAGAACCAAGCAACUGUCCCAGACAAACUUCCUCUCCCGUAACAAAGAGCUGGCAAAGUCAAGAGGUUGAGACUCAGUCUGUUUCUGUAACUCAAGGUGCUCCUGACCCAUCUGAACCUCCAGCGGGCUUGAUGAAACAGGAAGGGUCAGCAGUUCUCAAUGAAGAAGAGCAGAUGGGCACUUUGCAGCAAAGUCCAUGUAAAAGAGAACAAACUCUUGCAGAGAAUUCUAAGGGUGUUGUGAAAACACCCCCUGUAAGUAUCUCCUUACUGAGAAAGUUUAAAAGGAACUUUUGCACACUUUUUCACCACCACAAGUGGCCUGGAUAUUGUUAUGACUGUUUUAUUAUUAUUUAUUUAAUACUAAAUUGAUAAAUAUAUUAAUAAACAAUACAUUAACAAAUUAAAUUCAGGCCAGCUUGGAUGGGACUUGGGGCAACCUGGUCUAGUGGAGGAUGUCCUUGCCCAUGGCAGGGGGGGUGGAACUAGAUGGUCUUCCAACCCAAACCAUUCUGUGAUUCUCAUUUUCAAGAUGACCAGUAAUUGGUGAAGCAGUCAAGUUUAGCAGAUGUUUUCCUAGAAAAAUACAUGACCAAUAGGGAAAAAUAAGUCAUAAUGUCAACAGCAGUAAAGGCAUACAUCUUGUUGCUCAUUGAAGUGAUCCGUUGGCUAGCUUAGCCUGUAUUAGCCAAUUCUUUGUGUACCGAAGUCAGUUUUUAGGAGCUGAUCUGCUGUGAAAGAUUUAUAUAAAAUUUCAUUGUGUAAGUUGAUUUUUAUACAGCCAAACAUGCUUAACAGAUGCUUUUUUCAUUAUACCUAAUUUCUGAGCUCCAUCAUGGGGAAAGAGCUUUUUUUGAAGAUGUUACUGUAUUUUAGUUCUAGGUCAAACUCUGGUAACAUUUUUGUUUUGGUUUGGUUUGACAGACAGCGGUACAAGAUUCCCCACUUGGGUCUUCCAGACUUAAGAAUCUAACUUUGGAACAGCCACCUCCUAGGAAGCUUUUCAAAAACUAACAGUUUUAUGAACCUUGCUCGAACCUGUUUUGUUCAAGAUUUUUGGAAGAGAGAAGCUGGAUAUGCAGAUGAUUUUCAAAGCGAGCCUUUUAUAUUUCCAGUGAUCUGUUUGUAGGAGGAGAUUCCUUGGUGUGUCAGUCAUCAAAAAUUGUAUCACUCUCUUGUUCUGGUGAAGAAUGAACUGACAGUUCUUACAGGAUCCAGACGUUCUCUUAAAAAUACAUGGGGAUUUCUAGGUUUAAAGACUGUAGCCAUCCACACCAAGAUUUAUCCUUCUCCUAAUGCUACAGCAGUGCUGGGCAGCUGUUACUGAUGUGCCAGAACUGCAGUUUGCUCUUGAGUCAAAAACCAGUGUACAAAGGGGCCUUUAGAUUUUCCUAAUGUGGCAGAUUUAUGGGCAUGAAUCUUUGAUGGAUUAUGGAUUUUCAAUCUUGUUAUAAAUAGAACUUGCCGUUGCUGCUUUAGCCAGUAGUUGUAGGCUGAUAAUGAUCAUGGUAAGAAAUGCAAAAUUCCAAGUCAGCGUUCAGAUAACAUUCCGCUUUCAGCCUUUUUUUGUGUGCUAUGUAACCUGCCGCACUGUAGUUUUUGAGAUUAAUAAGGUGAAUGUUUAAACAUCAGACAAAUUGUACUAAAAUUUGCACAGCUUGCUUGCUUUUAACAAUUUUUUUUUUUACACAUAUGGCAGAAAAAAGUAUACCACAAAUAUAAACAUGGUAGGUUUUGCUAAAACU